AUGGCCGCUCCUCCUCCUAAUGGGCCGAUGCCAGGCCCAAUGCCCGGGCCAAUGCCCGGCCCAAUUCCGAUGGUCAUGGGCCCCAACGGCCCGAUGCCAAUGCCCAGUCCCGAGCAGAUCGCCGCCAUGCAGCGGCAGUUGGCUAUGGACGCUGAGAAGGCCGGCAUGACCGUGCCGCAGUUCAUCGAGCAUCUCAGGAAGCAAGCUGCCGAGCAGAUGCAAGCACGCAUGCAGCAGAUGCAGCAACAGCAGCAGCAGCAGCAAGGAGGGGGACCCCAAGGUGGUCCUCAGGGCGGUCCUCAGGGUCAACCUCAGCCCCAACAUCAGCACCCACACGGCCAUCCUCAUCCCCAUCCUCACCCUCACCCGCAUCCUCAUCAGCACCAAGUUAUGCGUGGCCAGCCGCAGCGUAUUGUGCCGGGCCCGCCCAACCCGGUUGCCAUCGCGCUGGCUAAGUUCCUGCGCAGCCAGAAUCUGAAGACACGCACCUGUAUCCUGAACGGCGAGCGCAAAGACAUGUUCCGCGUCAAACGUGCCCUCCGCGCCUUGCAAUCCGACGCCUACCAGCAAGCACGCAAGAAGAACCCCGCCCUCCCCGAAAUUACCGACCGCGCCUCCCUCGAAAAUGCAUUCAAGCUGCUUCCCCUCUCGAUGCUCGCCCUGCGCGUGGUCAAAGCCGAAGAAGACGACGGCCACGGGCACGACCACCCACCGGGCCAAAAGCCCAAGAAAAAGAAGAAGCGCGUGAAGGGGCUCUGGACAGUCCGUAUCGAGCCGCAGCAAGAGGCCGGCGACGAUAUGUACUAUGUCUGGCUGUGGGAGGGUCCCCAGGUGAUGCGCAAGGUGUACGCGGCGCUGGCGCUGGUGGCCAUCUUCGCGCUGGUGUGCUACCCGCUGUGGCCGGCUAAGCUGCGGCAGGGCGGGUACUACCUGAGCUGGGGCUUCCUGUGCUUUAUGGGGCUGUUCUUCGCCAUGGCGAUUUUCCGCGUCAUUUUGUUCUGCGUGACCUACUUUGUCGUGCCUCCCGGCCUGUGGCUCCCGCCAGCAGCAAAAAAGAAAAAGAAGAAGUCCAAGAAGAAGGACGGCUCCUCUGGUUCUCCCGCUAAGGAGGGGUCUGCUAACGCCGCGGCCACCUUCGCGGCCACGACCGGCCAGCCGGCCCCGCCCAGUGCUACAACCACGGCCACCGAAACCAAGGUCGUGUCCGCGACGCCUGUUCAGCGCACUGGGUAUGUGGCGCCGCGCGUGGAGGAGCUGGAGGAUGAUGAGUGA